AUGGAACCAAUACUAUCAGCUGAAGAAACAACCCAAUUUUUUUCAAAAUUUAUAAAUAAAACAGAGAAUAAAGAAUGUUUUGAUUGUCGUGCAAGAGGUCCUACAUGGACUUCAAUUCCAUUUGGUGUUUUUAUUUGUUUCGACUGUUCAUCAAUUCAUCGUAAUAUGGGUACUCAUAUUACUUUUGUAAGAUCAAUUAAACUAGAUCGUUGGAAGAUGUCACAAUUGAAAUAUAUGGAGCUUGGUGGUAACCAAGUUGCAAAACAAUACUUUCAAGAACAUGGUGGUGAUAUAAGAGAUACUGAAUCAAAAUAUCAAUCACAAGUUGGUAUAAACUAUAAACAAAUUUUAGAUGCAAGAGUUAAAAAAGCAUUAAAAGAAAUUUCACCAUUUAGUUCAACAUCAUCAACACCACUUCAAGCGCCAACAACACCAUCACCAUUAUCAAUUUCAACAAUUAAUUCAAAUCCUUCAACAACAACCUCUUCACCAAUGUUUUCUACAAAUUCAAGUAGUAGUAGUGGUAGUGGUAUUUUACAAUCAAAACAACAACAACAACAACAACAACAACAAUCACCAACUACUAGUUUUUCAGAUAAAAAAGUGUCUUCUCAACAAAAGUCAACAACAACUACUACCACCACUACUAAAAAUGAUAGUGAUGAUUUUGAUAGUUUCUUUUCAUCAUCACCACCAAAAUCAACUUCUACAAAAAAGGUUGCAACAAAAAAGAUUGAUCAGAAAUCAUUUGAUGAUGAUUGGGAUUCAUUACCAGAUAAAAAAGAAGAGAAAUUUGAUAAUAAUAACAAUAAUAAUAAUAAUAAUAACUAUAAAAACAAUAAGAAAAAAGGUGGAUCAUCAUUUAAAUUUAAUAAUGAAUAUAUAGAAAAUGAUGAAGAUGAAAGUGAUUCAAAUAAUAGAUCUGAUUUAUCACCUGAAUUGAGAUCACUAUAUACAAGCUCAAAAUUCUCAAUGGAUUUUUCAGUUGAUCAAACUUCAAAUAAACAGGAUUCAUCAUCACCACUUUAUUCACAAAAAUAUAAUAAUAGUAAUAAUAGUAAUAACAAUAAUAACAAUAACAAUAAUAAUAAUAAUAAUAAUAAUAAUAAUAAUAAUAAUAGCUACAAUAAUAAUAAUAAUAAUAAUAAUAAAAACUACAGUAAUAAUAGUAACAAUAAUAGCUAUAAUAAUAAUAAUAGGUCACCAAAUAAUCAAUCACCUAGAAAUAAUAAUGAAAAUAAAAAUUAUCAACAUCAAAAUGAAACAGAUUAUGCUAGAAAGAAUUUUACAAAUGCAAAAUCAAUAUCAUCAUCAACUUAUUAUGGAGAGGAUAAAGAAAAAGUGGAUUCAGAUAAACAGCAACGUAUUUCUAAAUUUACAAAUUCAAAAUCAAUUUCAUCUGCACAAUACUAUGAUCGUGAUGAAACACCAUCAUUUAGUGAAAGAAGUGCUUCUAAUAUAGCAAGAGAUUUAGCAUACAAUGCUAGAUCUGAUUUAACCUCAAUUUCAAAUAAAAUUAGUAACAUUGCAAAUAAUAUUAUAAAUGAUUUACAAGAUAGAUAUAAUUAA